AACACCAAAUUUCUUCUUCUUCUUCUUCUUUCUUGGCUUCUUCUUCUUCUUCUUCUUUCUUGGCUUCUUCUUCUUCUUCUUCCUCUUUUUGUUUUUCCAUUGGGUUUGUCUUUCUUUCUUUUCUUACUAUCCAUUACAAAACCACCGACAGUGGAGAGACAAGAAGGUGAGUGUGGUCUAAAAUCCAAGUGUUCUAUUUUUAUAUAAUAAUAUAUAUAUUAGCUUUUGGUGUUGUUCUUGAGCAAUAUAUAUUGUUAUAUAUAAAAAAUAUAAUAGUUAUUUUAGGGUAAAGUGAAAAAAAAUGUAUGGGGAUUGCCAAGUGAUGUCAAGCAAUAUGGGAGGAAAUAUGGUUUCCACUGAAUCUCUCUUUUCUUCUCCAAUUCAAAACCCUAAUUUCAAUUUCAUCUCCAAUUUUCAACACUUUCCUUCCAUUGUACCGAAGGAAGAAAAUGGGUUGAUGAUGAGAGGAGGGAAAGAAGACAUGGAAAGUGGGUCUGGAAGUGAACAACUUGUUGAAGAAAAUCAAGGAAUUGAAAUGGAAAGUAAUAUUAAUAAUAAUGAUAGUAUUACUCAGCAGAAUCAGAAGAAAAAACGCUAUCACAGACAUACUGCUCGCCAGAUCCAAGAAAUGGAAGCGUUAUUUAAGGAAUGUCCACACCCAGAUGAUAAGCAAAGGCUAAAACUCAGCCAAGAACUUGGCCUCAAACCUCGCCAAGUUAAAUUUUGGUUCCAAAAUCGUAGAACCCAAAUGAAGGCACAACAAGAUAGAUCCGAUAAUGUGAUACUUAGAGCAGAAAAUGAGACAUUAAAGAAUGAGAAUUAUAGAUUACAAAGUGCCCUAAGAAACAUAAUAUGCCCUAGCUGUGGAGGGCAGGGUAUCCUUGGUGAACCAAGCUUGGAUGAACAACAGCUUCGUCUUGAGAAUGCUAGACUUAGAGAUCAGUUGGAACAAGUUUGCUCUAUGACCACAAGAUACACUGGCCGCCCAAUCCAAGCAAUGGCAUCAGCAGCUCCUCCUCUUAUGCAACCAUCAUUGGAUUUGGACAUGAACAUAUACUCAAGACAAUACACUGAGGCCAUGGUUCCGUCCUCUGACAUGAUGGCGUUGCCCUCGAUGCUCCCACCUGAGGCCGCCCACUUCCCAGAAGGAGGCCUGUUAAUUGAGGAGGAGAAAACACUUGCAAUGGACCUUGCUGUUUCGUCCAUAGCUGAACUUGUGAAGAUGUGUCGCUUGACCGAGCCUCUUUGGGUUCGAGACAAUGAGAGCGGUAAGGAAGUUCUAAAUGUUGAAGAGCAUGGGAGGAUGUUUCCAUGGCCAUUGAACCUCAAGCAACACUUGAUCAAUGAGUUUAGGACCGAAGCAACACGUGAUAGCGCGGUUGUUAUAAUGAAUAGCAUCACUCUUGUUGACGCCUUUCUCGAUGCUAACAAAUGGAUGGAAUUGUUUCCUUCAAUUGUGGCCAAAGCAAAGACUGUGCAAGUCAUUUCAUCAAGUGUUUCAGGCCAUGCCUCUUCUUCCCUUCAGGUGAUGUAUGCAGAACUUCAGACACUUUCUCCUCUAGUUCCGACGAGAGAAGCACAUUUUCUCCGGUGCUGCCAACAGAAUGCCGACGAAGGAAGCUGGACCGUCGUUGAUUUUCCAAUCGAUAGCUUCCAUGACAGUCUUCAGCACUCAUUUCCCAGAUACAGAAGAAAGCCCUCUGGCUGUAUUAUUCAAGACAUGCCCAAUGGAUAUUCUAGGGUUACAUGGGUGGAGCAUGCAGAGAUAGAAGAGAAGCCAAUCCAUCAAAUAUUCAAUCAUUUUGUGCACAGUGGAAUGGCCUUUGGGGCAAAUCGUUGGUUGGCCAUUUUACAAAGACAAUGUGAGAGAAUUGCAAGUCUCAUGGCUAGAAAUAUUUCUGACCUUGGAGUAAUACCUUCACCAGAGGCAAGACAAAACCUAAUGAAACUGGCACAAAGAAUGAUCAGAACUUUCUCUGUCAACAUAAGCACCUCCGGUGGCCAGUCCUGGACAGCGUUAUCGGAUUCUCCCGAGGAUACUGUUCGUAUAACCACUCGAAAAGUUGUCGAGCCUGGCCAACCCAAUGGGGUUAUUCUUAGCGCUGUCUCCACUACUUGGCUUCCUUAUCCUCAUUAUCGAGUCUUCGAUCUUCUACGAGACGAACGACGACGUUCUCAGCUGGAGGUUCUUUCGAAUGGGAAUUCCUUGCACGAAGUUGCUCACAUUGCUAAUGGCUCUCACCCUGGAAACUGCAUCUCCCUUCUUCGUAUCAAUGUGGCCAGCAACUCCUCCCAACAUGUUGAGCUGAUGCUGCAGGAGAGUUGCACAGACCAAUCUGGCAGUCUCGUUGUCUACGCAACAAUUGACGUUGAUUCAAUUCAAUUAGCAAUGAGCGGAGAAGACCCCUCCUGCAUUCCCCUCCUCCCCAUAGGAUUUUCCAUCGUACCCAUCAUCGGGUCAACCAUCGACGGACAUCCAGCACCGCCACCCGAGGAUGGUACUCCAAAUCCCAACUCUGGUUGCCUCCUUACCGUUGGCUUACAAGUUCUAGCCAGCACCAUCCCAUCCGCGAAGCUCAACUUAUCAAGUGUAACUGCCAUCAACAACCACCUCUGUAACACGGUGCACCAAAUCAACAUUGCUCUCGGCGGCCCAGGUCGUUUGGAGAACGACAACGUGGUGGCUGAGCCGAAUAAUCCACCGACACCACCACCGCCGCCGCCCCCAUCCAAGCAGUAAGCUAGGAAAGAAUAUGAAACUGGAAGUUAGCUGCCAAUUACCCAAAAUCUCCCUCCCUCAUGAGCCACCCUCGACGUAGAAUAUUCCAAGGACAUUAACUAUGGGGUAAGUACUUGAAAAGAGAAAGGGAUAAGUAGGGUUUUUGAGUGGGAGAUUGUGGAUAAUUGGUGGCGAGAGAGAGAGAGAGAGAGAAGGCAAAUUAGUAUUUUAAAAAAGUGUAAUUAUUAUUAUUAAUUAAAAAAAUAUAGGAGUAGUUUUUGGGAGGUAAAUAAGGUAAGUGAGAGAGAGAGAGAGGAGAGAUUAGGGGUAAAUUAAAAUUAAUGUGUGGAUUUGGAUGUGGAUUAGGGUUUAGAGGGUAAUGUUGUUGUGGGAAGUCAAGAACGCACCAGAUAAAACCCUUGGUAUCUCUGACGUGGCUGUCACAAAGUGUGGGGGCCAUGCCUAGUCAGCAAGGGUGUUGGUUCGGGCAUUGACUUCUUCUCCUUAAAUUAUGUGUCAGUUUGACAGACGACGUCGUUCGACUUUUCCCUUUUUCAAUUCUUAUUUUCAAAUUCUUAUUAUUAUUAUUAUUAUUAUGACUCUCAAUUUAAUGCUUCCAAUCAA